GAGCGUCGGAUGGGCCGGAGCUGUGUGCGUCGGGUUUGUUUUUGUGCUCAACAAGUGAUGUGCCAGUGACCAGGAAGAUGCCGCGCCCUUCCCGCGAGUCGUACGGCGACCAGAAGCCUCCCUACUCGUACAUCUCGCUGACGGCCAUGGCCAUCUGGAGCUCGCCGGACAAGAUGCUGCCGCUGAGCGAGAUCUACCGCUUCAUCACGACGCGCUUCCCGUACUACCGGCGCAACACGCAGCGCUGGCAGAACUCGCUGCGCCACAACCUCAGCUUCAACGACUGCUUCAUCAAGGUGCCGCGCAGGCCCGACCGGCCCGGCAAGGGCGCCUACUGGACGCUGCACCCCAAGGCGCUCGACAUGUUCGAGAACGGCAGUCUCCUCAGGCGAAGGAAGCGCUUCAAGCUGAUGAAGUCGGACAAGGACCGGCUGGAGGGCGAGCUGGCGGCGCUGGCGUCCAUGCACAGGUUCCUGUUCACGCCCGGCCAGGGCUCCGGCGGCGGUCCGGAGCCGCCCCCGGGCCACGCCGGCCAUGCCCCCAAGGUCAUGGACCCCUGGGCGCCGCACCCUCGCCUCCACGAGCCGCUGCCCCACCCCCACGCGCUGCCGCCGCCGACGACGCCCCCCAUGAGCAUGGCCUCGGCCACCAUCACCAACACGUCCGCGAUGAUGACCCGCCUGCAGCCCUCCACGCGGCCCAAGCGGCCCUUCACCAUCGAGUCCCUCAUCGGGCCGGACCGCGACGAGGACCGCGACGAGGACCGCGACGUGGAGGUGGUGAGCCCCGCGUCCAGCCCCCUGCCCACGCCGCCGAGGAGUCCGCUGCACAUGCACCUGCCCAGCCCCGCGCCCUGCUACGCGCCCAGCUUCCUCCAGUCUAUUUAUGACCGAGACAAUAAUCCCAACAACACCAUUUGGUUGUUCAUUAAAAUAAUAAAUACAAACAAAGAAAAAUCACAACAAAAACAAAGUACAGCCUCACCAAAAUUAGCCUCUUAA